CUGAAACGUCAAGUAGCCUACGCGGGUGAUGGCUGAUAAGUUUGUAGUCAACAUUUUUUUCCAACCGUAGCAGCAUUUAUAUUGAAACAACGGUCGCCAGGUUCCUGUCUGUGACUUUUAUGCUGUAGCCUUUGUAGGACUUCUAGAUCUUUUGACAAUAAGACUACAGUUUAUGUCGGGUAGAAGGCUAUCCCUCCAGUACACACAAACGACUAUAGUGUUGACCAAGAAGGGUGGAGACUGAUCUGUAACUGUAUUAGUCUAUACCCAUGGCGUUUGGGAAGGCAGAGUGGAAACGUCAUCUAUCCGAAGUAUUUCUGAACAAUUUUUAUACAACGAAAAGGACAAACUAUGCCAAAAGCAGUCAAUGUACGCGUCACUACCAUGGACGCUGAGCUGGAGUUUGCCGUCCAGCCCAGCACCACCGGCAAACAGCUGUUUGACCAGGUAGUGAAGACCAUUGGCUUACGAGAAGUCUGGUACUUUGGGCUCCAGUAUUUGGACGGCAAAGGAUAUCACACUUGGCUGAAACUUGAUAAAAAGGUGUCGUCCCAGGACGUGAAGAAGGAGAACCCGCUCCAGUUCAAGUUCCGGGCCAAGUUCUUCCCAGAGGAUGUGUCGGAGGAGCUGAUCCAGGAGAUCACCCAGAAGAUGUUCUUCCUGCAGGUGAAGGACGGGAUCCUGAGUGACGAGGUGUACUGCCCCCCAGAGACCGCAGUGUUGCUGGCCUCUUACUCCGUCCAGGCCAAAUUUGGAGACUUUUCCAAGGAUGUCCACCGGCCUGGCUACCUCACGUCUGACCGCCUGCUGCCCCAGAGGGUUCUGGAGCAACACAAGCUCUCCAGAGAGCAGUGGGAGGAGAGAAUCCAGGUGUGGCAUGAGGAGCACCGCGGCAUGCUCAAGGAAGACGCUAUGCUGGAGUACCUGAAGAUUGCCCAGGACCUGGAGAUGUACGGGGUCAACUACUUUGACAUCAAGAACAAAAAGGGGACCGAGUUGUGGCUGGGUGUGGACGCCCUGGGGCUCAACAUCUACGAGAAGGAUGACAAACUGACCCCAAAGAUUGGCUUCCCCUGGAGCGAGAUCAGGAACAUCUCCUUCAACGACAAGAAGUUCAUCAUCAAACCCAUCGACAAGAAGGCCCCGGACUUUGUGUUCUACGCCCCUCGCCUGCGCAUCAACAAGCGCAUCCUGCAGCUGUGCAUGGGCAACCACGAGCUGUACAUGCGCAGACGCAAGCCCGACACCAUCGAGGUGCAGCAGAUGAAGGCCCAGGCCCGCGAGGAGAAGCACCAUAAACAGAUGGAGAGGGCCCAGCUGGAGAACGAGAAGAAGAAAAGAGAGGCCAUGGAGAGAGAGAAGGAGCAAAUGGAGAGAGAGAAGCAGGAGCUGAUGAUGAGGCUCUACCAGUUUGAGGAAAAGACCAAGAAGGCAGAAAAAGAGCUGCAGGAGCAGAUGCAGAGGGCCAUGCAGCUGGAGCAGGAGAGGAGGAGGGCUGAGGACGAGGCAGCACGUCUGGAGGCAGAGCGCCAGUUAGCCUUGCUGGCCAAGGAGGAGCUGGCACGCCAGGCUGAGGACCAGAUGAAGAGCCAGGAGCAGCUGGCUGCAGAACUAGCUGAACACACAGCUAAGAUAGCCCUGCUGGAGGAGGCCAGGAGGCGCAAGGAGGAGGAGGCAGACACGUGGCAGCACAGGGCCAGAGAAGCCCAGGAUGACCUGCUGAAGACCAAGGAAGAGCUCCACAUGGUGAUGACGGCCCCCCCACCGCCCCCCCCUCCCCCCAUGUACGAGCCACUGCUGGACGACAACAGCGACAGCGAGGAGAACGCCAGCAUGCACAGCGCCGACCUGCCCACCGAGGGCAUCAACGACCACCGCAAUGAGGAGGAGCGCAUCACCGAAGCGGAGAAGAAUGAGCGAGUGCAGAAGCAGCUGAUGGCACUGAGCUCUGAGCUGGCCCAGGCACGCGAUGACACCAAGAAGACCCAGAACGACCUGCUGCACUCGGAAAAUGUGCGCGCUGGCCGGGACAAGUACAAGACACUGCGCCAGAUCCGACAAGGCAACACCAAGCAGAGGAUUGAUGAGUUUGAGGCCUUAUAAAAGCAGCAGUGGUCUGCAAGCACACACCCUUUCUGAAUGGUCACUGGACUAACCCCUCUGACGCACACACACACACAUGCACAGUUUCACACACACAUACAGUACGCCUCACCACACAGAGCGGUAUAACGGUACACAGUGAUGGAAACAGUUAUUGCCAUGUUUUACUCUAUUAAGAGUGUGCGUGUCCUGUAACCAUGUUAUCGGGGUAAGACGGCUUUUCCAAAUUCUUGUAAGAAAAAACAUACUAGUGCCAAAAACUUUAUUUCCUUUUUUUCUUUCUAGUGUAAUGAAUUUCGAUCAGAUUAUGCUUUGAUUGCGAGUCAUUUGAUCAGAUAUGAUCAAAUCUUUUUUUAACCAGCGCUGUGACUAAAAGAGGGAAUAGCGAAAUUACAGUAAUACCAUGAUACGCACAUAGUAAACCAAGUUCAGCCAAUCAGAGCUUAGCUAUUUUGAAUGUGGAUUAUUUCUUGUAUGUGUUGAAAGACAACAAUGUUUGUUUUUUCCACCAGGACCACCCGGAAAGGGGAAACGUAUGAUACCUUACUAUAACUUGCAUAAAAGUGUAUACUCGGUUAUUUUGUUUUUCAUUUUAUUCAAACACUUCCAUUUAUGUUGAAUAUUGCUACAGUAGCUGGAAAUCAUAAAUAGUUGAAUAUUUAUACUGUAUAUGGGUCAUUAAGAGGGAAUUUCAUCUUGGUUUGUAUAUUUUUGCAAUUCUACUAAGAGCAUUUAUUGUUCCAUAUUCUAUUUUAGGAAUCUUUAUUGACUAUGAAAUAAUGGUAGUUUGUUCCAUACAGUUACUUUAGAUCCCUAAAUUAAAGGUGUAUUUGUAAAUUAUUACUUUAUUUUUUACUUUAGAAAAUAUUUAGCUGUGUGACAUCAAAUUGGAUAAGGAGAUCCAUUGGUACAUUUGAUUUUGUCAUGCAGUCAAGCAUUUUUUUGUAUCCAACUCCACUUCGGUCACGUCACACACACGUCACACACUGGAAUGACAACACAGCUGCUGUUGUGCUCCUCGUUUAUUUAAACGUUGUAAUGAGAAUGAGUUGUUUAACAUUAUUGGGAAUAAAGAUCUCCUAUGAUUA